AUGGCCAAUACGUUGAGCCCCCUCCCGCCUGUGGCCAGUGCAACCAGAGCCAACGUGGUGUCCAUGGUGCUUCCACCGCUUCGCGGCACUGUGACCAACGCCUCUGACCCUGGCACGAGUCCCCACGACCAUGCAGUGACGGCCUCCCCCAACAACGCUGACGUCUUCCGUGCAAGAACCCCCUUGAAGGCUGCUGACAGAAUGCUACUGAUGACGAAUGCAACGCUAAGUCCACUCAAGAACACCGUCGUGUCGUCACACGUGGCCAAGCAAUGGCAUCGCUGCGACGUGUGCAACAAGUCGUACGAGCGGGAAGAGAGUUUGGCCGAACACAUGACCCGGCAUCGGAAUCAAAUGAAGAAACGGCAACAGCGAAUGCAAGAAGAUAUGGCGAUGGCACAGCAUGUGACGAAGGCGGCACGGACGCUCAACGCGCCUUGCGUCAAGACGUCGCCAGCUGUGCGAUUGAAGCUCAUUCCAUGA